AUGAUGCAAGUUCCUAAUGGAGACAUGAGUAGAAAUGACGAUUCAAUUUGGUGGAGAGACAUUUCUAACAAUAACUUGUUAGAUGAUUUUGUUGAUAGCGGUUUUACCGGUUGUUUUUUGUCUUGUUGUAAAAAUGGUAAAAAUAUUCUUUUUUGGCAUAGUUUGUGGUUGGGAGAUCAAUCUCUUCGUGAGCGUUAUCCGGAUGUGUUUGAUUUGUCAACCAUUAAAAAUUGUGCGGUGGCGGAUGUGUUGGUAUGGAACAACGGAAAGCGCCAUUGGGCGUUGGAGGCCUUAUUUAAUGGAGGAGCUGCCAUUGCACUUUCGCACGGGACAGCAGCCGUUUUGCCGACCGGGGCAGCCAUGGUCUUAGCAAAUGGGGCAGCCACUUCUACAGCGUUUGCGGCAGCCCGGGGGCUGCCCUCUUGGGCCCGUUUUUGUGACGAUUUAAACGCUUAUACCCCGGUAGAAUUGGAGGAGGAUAGCUUCAUGUGGCGCAUCAAUUCGGAAAAGGAGUUUUCGGUAAGAAGUGUUUCUAAUAUUGUUAAUGGUUUCAAAUCUUUUGUGUGGCCUAGCCACUUGAUCAAUUUGUUGAAAGUGAUGUGGGAGCUAAAAAUUCCUCCUAAAAUUAAAGUCUUUACUUGGAGAUUCUUCAUUGGAAAAAUUCCUUCCAUAGAUGAGUUAUUGAAAAGAGGAGUUUCUAGCAUCAUUAACAAAGAUUGUGUGUUUUGUGGCAACCAUCCGGAAGUGAUUUCUCAUCUCUUUUUUAAUUGUCAUGUGGUGAAGGAAAUUUGGAACCAAAUGUAUGGUUGGGUGGGUAUAAAGGAGGUAUUGAACGGAGUGGAAUUUUUGGAUUACGGAGUCUUACAAGAUAAGGUGAAAAAUGUUAAUCAUAGGGUGAAGAUAAACAUAAUUUGGAUUGCUAUCAUUUGGUGCAUUCGGAUUAUGCGAAACUCCAUUAUCUUCAAGGGGGAAGUUUUUUGCUAUGAUGUGGUUUGUUCCAAUAUCAUCUUCCUUUCGUGGAGAUGGUUGUCUUUUGAUUAUCCUAAGUUCAAUGCCACUUACUAUGAAUGGUUUAAACUUCCUUUAUCUUGUUCAAACGCUAUUUAG